AUGGCGCAGGAUGAGAAGAAGCCCACCGCUACGGAGAAGGGCAAGGGCAAAGAAGAGGAUGUACCCAUGUCCAACGGUGAUAGUUCUUCUAAGAUCGACAAGGAUGGCAAGCCUGUGGAGAAUGGAAAAGUUGGAGAGCUACCCGACGAGGAUCUGAGCGAAGAAGACGAGCAGCUCAAGUCCGACCUGGAGAUGUUGGUGGAACGGUUAAAAGAAGACGAUGCCAGCCUUUAUCAACCCUCCAUUGACUCGAUCAAGAACUUUAUUAAGACCUCCACGUCUUCCAUGACCGCUGUUCCCAAGCCUCUCAAGUUUCUCCGACCGCAUUAUGAUGAGCUUGCCGCAUUGUAUGACAAGUGGCCCGCAGGCGCGGACCGAGAUUCACUGGCGGACAUGCUGUCAGUCCUUGGCAUGACAUACGGCGAUGAAACCAAAUUCGAGACUCUGAGGUUCAGACUCUUGUCCAAGUCGGAUGACCUGGGGUCGUGGGGUCAUGAAUACAUCAGACAUCUUGCAUUGGAGAUUGGCCAGGAAUAUCAGAAUCGCCUCACCGAGGAGAAAGAUGUGCAAGAUCUAUCGGAACUUGCUCUGUCUCUCGUCCCAUACUAUAUCAAGCACAACGCUGAAGCCGACGCGGUGGAUUUGUUGAGUGAGCUCGAGAUGAUUGAAGAGCUGCCCAAAUUCCUGGACGAGAACACAUACUCUCGAACUUGUCUGUAUAUGACCACCAUGGUCAAUCUUCUCACCUUUCCCGAAGACAAACAGUUUCUCAAGACCGCUCACGAUAUCUACGUGACAUACGGCAAGCUUGCACAAGCGAUGGUCAUAGCCAUCAGACUAAAUGACCACGAGUUAAUACGACGGGACCUCGAGUCCACAGAUGACAUGGUUCUACGGAAGCAGCUCGCCUUCAUGAUCGCUCGACAGAGGAUACAAUACUUAGAUUUGCCUACCGAGACCACAGACGAACAAGAGGUGGACGAGUGUCUGUCAAACACCAAGCUGUCUGACCACUUCCAGACUGUUGCAAAAGAGCUGAAUAUUCUUGAGCCCAAGGUACCCGAAGACAUCUACAAGACCCAUUUGGAGAGCGGAAGAGGAAGCGGUGCAGCUGCCGAAUCUGCCAAGCACAAUUUGGCAUCGGCGUUUGUCAAUGCUUUCGUCAACGCUGGCUUCAGUUCCGACAACCUUAUGCUCGUGAGCGAGAAGCAGAACUCUUGGGUGUGGAAGACUAAAGACGAUGGCAUGCUCUCAACAACCGCGUCACUUGGUAUGCUGCUUCAGUGGAAUGUUGACCAAGGUCUCGAUACUAUCAACCCGUUCCACGAGUCCCAUGAGGACGCCAUUAAGGCUGGCGCUCUUCUGGCCUCUGGUAUAAUGAAUUCUGGUGUCAGAUCGGAGGGCGAUCCAGCGAUGGCGGUGUGCGAUGCCGACACUAUACAAACUGGCAAGCCUGCCAUGAGAAUGGCAGCAAUCAUGGGCCUUGGCCUGUCUUAUGCUGGCUCGGCCAGGGAAGAUCUCCUCGAGGUUCUGCUACCUGUACUAGAGGACAACAGCCUAGAGAUACAGCUGUCUGCAAUGGCCGCGGUCUCCCUCGGCAUGAUCUUCGUUGGCUCCUCAAAUUAUCAGGUUGCCGAAGCCAUCGCCACCCAAUUGAUGGACGAUGAGCGACAAAAGCAGCUAAAGGACAAAUGGGCACGCUUUAUGGCUCUCGGCCUCGCUCUACUAUACUUUGGCCGCCAGGAAGAUGUGGAUGUCAUAUUGGAGCUCCUUAAGGCCAUCGACCAUCCUAUGGCUGCGCCUACUGCAACACUCGCCUCCGUAUGUGCAUGGGCUGGCUCUGGCGCUGUGCUGAAGGUCCAAGAGCUCCUGCAUACCUGCAACGACCAUAUCGAAGACAAGGACGACAACAAGGGUGAGCAACUUGUACAGUCAUACGCCGUUCUCGGUCUGUCUUUGAUUUCCAUGGGCGAAGAUGUCGGGCAAGACAUGAUUCUUCGGCAAUUUGCUCAUUUGAUGCACUACGGUGAGCCUAACAUACGCAAGGCGGUUCCUCUGGCAAUGGGCCUCAUUUCCCCCUCGAAUCCCCAGAUGAAGAUCUACGACACCCUGUCCCGAUACUCACACGAUAAUGACAAUGAUGUCGCCAUCAACGCCAUCUUCGCCAUGGGUCUGGUGGGUGCUGGCACCAACAAUGCACGUCUCGCCCAACUACUUCGCCAGCUCGCCAGCUACUAUCACCGCGACCAGAACUCUUUGUUCAUGGUGCGCAUUGCUCAAGGUAUGGUGCACAUGGGCAAGGGCACUAUGACUCUGAACCCCUUCCAUACCGAUCGCCAAGUACUCUCGCGCGUCGCUGCCGCUGGUCUGUUGACCGUUCUGGUAUCACUGAUUGACGCCAAACAAUUCAUCCUUGCCGACAGCCACUACCUCCUCUACUUUUUGGUCACAGCGAUGUGCCCCCGCUUCCUGGUCACACUAGACGAGAACCUGAAGCCUUUGACGGUGAAUGUACGUGUGGGUCAGGCCGUGGAUGUGGUCGGCCAGGCGGGUAGGCCCAAGACCAUUACGGGUUGGCAGACACAAAGUACACCGGUACUGCUGGCGUACGGUGAGCGCGCCGAGCUGGAGGAUGAGGAGUACAUCUGCAUGAGUGCCGUUCUAGAGGGGCUGGUUAUUCUACGGAAGGUGAGUUCGCGUUCCGUGCCCUUGUUCAACCGAUGGAAUGCUGACAAUAAUCGUAUAGAAUCCUGA